AUGUCUGCUUCUACUGUUGGUAAACCUAUUCAAUGUAUUGCUGCUGUCGCUUACGAUGCGAAGAAGCCAUUGAGUGUGGAAGAAAUUACUGUGGACCCUCCAAAAGCACACGAGGUACGUAUUAAGGUUGAAUAUACAGCCGUGUGCCACACUGAUGCGUACACUUUAUCAGGCUCGGAUCCGGAAGGCCUUUUCCCCUGCAUUUUGGGUCAUGAAGGUGCCGGAAUCGUGGAAUCUGUAGGCGAUGACGUUACCACGGUCAAACCUGGUGACCAUGUUAUUGCUUUAUAUACCGCUGAAUGUGGCAAGUGUAAGUUCUGUACCUCCGGUAAGACCAACCUGUGCAGUGCUGUUAGGGCCACCCAAGGUAGAGGUAUCAUGCCCGAUGAAACCACAAGAUUUCAUAAUGAUAAGGGCGAGGAUAUCUUCCAUUUCAUGGGUUGCUCCACUUUCUCCGAGUACACCGUGGUGGCUGAUGUGUCUGUGGUGGCUAUAGAUCCUAAGGCUCCACUAGAUGCUGCCAGUUUACUGGGUUGUGGUGUGACUACUGGUUACGGGGCUGCUGUCAAGACUGCUAAUGUGCAAAAGAACGAUACCGUCGCUGUGUUUGGUUGUGGCACUGUGGGCCUUUCCGUCAUUCAAGGUGCUAAGGCAAGAGGUGCUUCUAAGAUCAUCGGUGUCGAUAUUAACAACAAAAAAAAACAAUACUGUUUUGAUUUUGGUGCUACCGAUUUCAUCAACCCCAAGGAAGAUUUGGCUAAAGGUCAAACUAUUGUUGAAAAACUAAUUGAAAUGACUGAUGGCGGUUUAGAUUUCACAUUCGAUUGUACUGGUAACACCAAGAUCAUGAGAGACGCUUUGGAAGCUUGUCAUAAAGGCUGGGGCCAAUCUAUUAUCAUUGGUGUUGCCGCUGCUGGCGAAGAGAUCUCCACCAGACCAUUCCAAUUGGUCACCGGUAGAGUGUGGAAGGGCUCUGCGUUUGGUGGCAUCAAAGGUAGAUCUGAAAUGGGUGGUUUAAUCAAAGACUAUCAAAACGGAGCUUUGAAAGUAGAAGAAUUUAUCACCCAUAGAAGACCAUUCAAAGAAAUCAAUCAAGCUUUUGAAGAUUUGCAUCACGGUGAUUGCUUAAGAACUGUUUUAAAGUUCGAUAAAAAAUAA